CCAAUAGAUAAAGAAGCCGACAGUGCUCUUACAUCUACAGAGCAGAAUCUUAACAGUUUGGGGAAAGAUACGGGAAGUACUUUUACAUCUAUAGAGAAAGAUCUUGAUAGUCUCGACAGAGAUACAGAUAGCGCAUCUAACGUAGAAAAAGAUGUUGAUAAAGAAACCGAAGGCAUUCUAAGCUCUAUUGAUGAACACCUUGAUACUGCCAGCAAAGAAGUAGAACAUUUGGUAGUGUCAGAAAAAAAGAGUGAUGAUAAUAUUGACAGUGUAACUGAUGAAAGAACUGACCCAACUGUUCUCAAUACUGACUCAAAUGUGAAUGUUAAAGCUAUGGACGUUGGGGAAGAAACUCAAAAAGAAAUAGACAAUGAAACCGAGACUAUCCCCACAAGCUCAAGUGAAGAACUUUUAAAUAAAGAAGUAACUGUUGCAGAGGAUAAGACUUUUAAUAUAGACACUAAUGUUAAAAUCGACAUGGCAGUUAAGAUAAUGCCAGAUGAACCUGAGGCUAAUUCCUUGGAUGAACAACUUAUCUAUUCUGAUGCAGAAGGUGAUGUUGAUGAUAAAGAUUUAUUGGAUGAAAUUGAUGCAACUGACAUCAGUAACGAUAAAUUAGAACAACCUGAAAUACCCAUCUCAUCUGAUCUUUUGACCAGUCAGAAAGAUGAAAUGGAUGCAACUGACAAUAGUAACGAUAAAUUAGAACAUAUUGAAACACCCAUCCCAUCUCAUCAUUUGACCAGUCAGAAAGAUGAUAAAGAAACUGCUAAAAAGGAUGAAAUUAACAUGGAAGUUGAUGCUGACUUGUCAAUAACACAAAUGACACAAAAAUCUGAUCUAAAUGACACAAACUCAUCAGCCACUGACAUGAAUACAUCAUCAUAUGAUAUCAAAAUAGACCAUGGAUUGGACAGACCUGAUGUUAUGAUUGAUAUUCCUACACAAGAGUUGAUUGAUACAUUUGAUGAUGCCGAUGAAACAUUCGAUAAUACGGAGGGUAAAGAAGAUGAUCAAACUGUCAGUAAUAUCAUUGAUAAACUUGAUAUUAUUGAAACCAAUGUUAAUAAGUUAUCGACAGAUGAAAAACAAACUUCUACUGCUGGAACAGAAAGUAUGGAUAUUGAUAAUGAUACUGAAGUAACAGAAAAACUAGAGCUGGAAACUGCUCUAGAAACAAAAAAACCUGAUGAAGUAAAUGUUACCACAUUAGAAGAAAAAGUAACUCAUGCUGAUAUUAUAUUAGAAGCAAAUUCAGAACUAACAAAAGUACAAGAAGAAGCAUCUUUUAUUGACAAAGGAAAAUCAAAUCAAGAAGACAAAGAAUCUUCUAAAAAUUUAGAACUUAAAAAUGUUGAAGAAACAGUAACUAAAGAUGUUGAUAAAACACAGCCAUCAACUAAAGAUGUUGAAGAUACGGUAACAAAAGAUGUUGAUGAAGCACAACCAUCAACUUCUAAGUAUCAUCAGGAAUCGUCAGAUGAGGACCAGGAAGCGACAGACAGUCUUGGUCUGCUGGCCGAGUCAUCGAGGGUUAUGGAUGAUGAAGAUGACCAGGAACAGGAGGCGGAACCUGAAGAUGAUGAUGACGAUGAAGACUUUGAUCAGGAUGAUGAAAGCAAUCAAAUGACCGCCGAGCAUUCAGAAGACUCAAGUGCUCAACAAUCCGAAGCGGACGUCCCGAAGGAAACCAUGGAAGUUGAUGAAUCAAACGAUGGCCAAGCAGAAGAGUCAACUGACAUCGCUGACUUGGAUACCCAGGAUGACUUACCUGAAAUGGAUACCCAAGAUGAAUUACCUGAUGCUGCGGAGACUCCUGAUGAACCUGAUGAUGAGUCGAGUGAUGAGCUGGGUAUUCAGAUAGAACAGGUUCUGAGUCAGAAUGAGGUGGAAGAUACUAUUGUGGCCCCAGAAACCUUGGGAGCGACUGAUGAGGCACUGAAAGCUGUAGAAGUCCUUCUUGAAGAUGGAAAGGUUAUAGAAAAUACAGAAGUACCACAAGUACUUACUAUUACUGCCGAGAAGGAAACUGUUAAGCCAGCAGAAUCUGACAGUGGAAGCGCAGCCAGCAGCAAGUUGAGGCAGCUCCUACUCAGGGAUGGUGAACCUUCUGCAGCUCUGUCAGAAGAGAAAAAGUCACCGAGCAAGACCAAGAAGUUAGAAAUAUCGAAGCCCAGGAAUGAAAUCAACAUAGUUGAACUGGAAGAAAGCUCCUCUGAAGACGACAUUCAAGUAGUGAAACAAGCUGAUACACCAGCAUCACCGAAGGAUGUGACCUCAGUGACCAUUCCAUCUGAAAUAGAAGUGAUGGCGACCGCUGCCGGUGAAACUUCAGACAUACAGGAGAGAGACGGGGAAGUGCGAGUGAGCGGGCUGCCUAAACCACAGCCACAUAAGCCUACGAGACUGAACACCGACGAGAUUUCCAUCAAGACAGCCUCCACAAGUGAACCUUUAGUCAUCCCAGAAACUACCCCGGCUUCCAAAGCAGCGGAAGCGACGGCUUCAAUAGACUUCACCCUGGAAAUAUUCAGUCUCGAUUCAGACGACGAAGAAACGGAAGUCAGGAGCAAACGUAAAAGCAAACUAACGGCCGUAGAGCUAGAUAAAGCUCGUCAAACUAACAAAUGCAUCAACAUGAAUUGCACUAGUGACGGUUCCGUGCCGCUAGUACCGGCGUCAGUGUCAGCUGCCAUAUAUUACGCGGCCAACCAGCAAAGAGGUGUAGGCCUAUGUCUAUACUGCGCGAAGCGUUUUGAAGAAAGAAGCGAGUGCUUACGUAUUGGUUCCGUAUUGGCUUCGUAUAACCAAACCAAGUGCAUCAACAUGAAUUGCACUAGUGACGGUUCCGUGCCGCUAGUACCUGCGUCAGUGUCAGCUGCCAUAUAUUACGCGGCCAACCAGCAAAGAGGUGUAGGCCUAUGUCUAUACUGCGCGAAGCGUUUUGAAGAGAGAAGCGAGUGCUUCCGUGUUGGUUCCGUAUUAGCUUCGUAUAACCAAACCAAGUGCAUCAACAUGAAUUGCACUAGUGACGGUUCCGUGCCGCUAGUACCGGCGUCAGUGUCAGCUGCCAUAUAUUACGCGGCUAACCAGCAAAGAGGUGUAGGCCUAUGUCUAUACUGCGCGAAGCGUUUUGAAGAAAGGAGUGAGUGCUUACGUGUUGGUUCCGUAUUGGUUUCGUAUAACCAAAUCAAGUGUAUCAACAUGAAUUGCACUAGUGACGGUUCCGUGCCGCUAGUACCGGCGUCAGUAUCCUCUGCCAUAUAUUAUGCGGCGAACCAGCAAAGAGGUGUAGGCCUAUGUCUAUACUGCGCGAAGCGUUUUGAAGAAAGGAGUGAGAAACUAGUGGAAGGCGUAAAGGGUUCCACCCCCUUCCUCUCAAUGGACAUGUGUCUGAUUCGUGAGGAGUUCGUCGAGAUAUCAGACUCGGAUUCUGACGACGAGCCAGACAUUGAGAAAAAUGAUAGCGAGAUUAUUGGAGAGAAGGGAGCCAAGUUUUUGGAGGAACAGUUAGCAGACAUGUUCAACGAGACGUGGAAGAAAUUUAACAUGGAGGAGCGACUGUUGAGCGCACAGACCGAGAUUAAUAUAGAAGUUAGCCAGCUGGAAGGGGACAUGUUCAACGAGACGUGGAAGAAAUUCAACAUGGAGGACCGUCUGUUGAGCGCAGAGACCGAGAUUAUUAUAGAAGUUAGCCAGCUGGAAGGUCUAGGGGACAUGUUCAAGGAGACGUGGAAGAAAUUCAACAUGGAGGACCGUCUGUUGAGCGCAGAGACCAAGAUUAAUAUAGAAGUUAGCCAGCUGGAAGGGGACAUGUUCAACGAGACGUGGAAGAAAUUCAACAUGGAGGACCGUCUGUUGAGCGCAGAGACCGAGAUUAUUAUAGAAGUUAGCCAGCUGGAAGGUCUAGGGGACAUGUUCAAGGAGACGUGGAAGAAAUUCAACAUGGAGGACCGUCUGUUGAGCGCAGAGACCAAGAUUAAUAUAGAAGUUAGCCAGCUGGAAGGGGACAUGUUCAACGAGACGUGGAAGAAAUUCAACAUGGAGGAGCGACUGUUGAGCGCACAGACCGAGAUUAAUAUAGAAGUUAGCCAGCUAGAAGGUCUAGCGGACAUGUUCAACGAGACGUGGAAGAAAUUCAACAUGGAGGACCGUCUGUUGAGCGCACAGACCGAGAUUAAUAUAGAAGUUAGCCAGCUGGAAGAGGAAUGCAAGGAAAUAGACGCCAUGCUUAACGAGUGCCAGAGGGAAACGGACAAGCUGAGGAACGACCUGUACGCCAAGUUCGCUGACGAUCGUACAGAAUUGCCGCCCAUCGCCAUCAUUGACACUCCUACCAAUCAGUGGUCCGGGCUUGAAGAUGGCGUGACGUCCCCACCACCGGUGCCAGAAACUAGGGAGAGACCCAAACGUCGUUCGGCGGCAGCGGCGGAACCGCCAGCGAAGCGCGCUGCCAUCCCUCUCGGCUACGCUCCGCUAGAUGGCGCUAGCACCAGCAAACCUAUGGAAGCAAAACCGGUUCCGUCUGCAGACUUGGCAGCUCAAAACGACGAUGACAACGCGGACAUAUCGGUAGUGAAACUGUCCGUGGAGUCCGCGCCGGCUGGGUUGCCGCCGCCGGGCGUGGCUGCGCGCGCGCCGCUCCGGCCCAGCAUGCUCGUGUACGCCAUGAAGAACUCCUUCGGGGCGUGGCACAAGGUCCGCGUACAGGAGGUCCAGCCUAAAACGCCCGGCCAAUUCACCAUGUGCCGCGUAAGAUUCGAGCAGCCAAAGACAAUGACGAAGCUACUUCCGGCGCGCUGCCUCGCUUAUGAACAACCACCGGAAGUGCGGCUCACUAUUGGUACCCGAGUGGUGGCGUUGUUCAAAGAUCAUCGUCUCAGUGUGGAGAAAAGAGAAGAUGGAGAAAAGAAGGAGGCGUACUACUCCGGCAUCGUGGCCGAGAUACCCAACCCGGUCAACAAUUUCAGAUACCUGAUAUUCUUCGAUGACGGAUACGCGCAAUACGUGCAGCACGCCAACACGCGCCUCGUGUGCGAGUGCGCACCGCGCGUGUGGGACGAGGUGCACCCGUUCAGCCGUAACUUCGUGCGGGACUAUCUGCGGGCGUACCCGGAGCGACCCAUGGUGCGGCUACACGCCGGCCAGAGCAUCAAGACCGAGUGGGACGGCAAAUGGUGGGUCUCCAAAGUCCUGCAAGUGGACGCGUCCCUAGUCCUAGUGUACUUCGAAGGCAAAAAGGACAACAAGACAGAGUGGAUAUACCGCGGGUCCACUCGCCUCGCACCUUUAUAUCUGGAGUUGCAAGCAGCGGAAAGGACCAGAGCUCGGCCUUUACCGAGAGCGCAGGCUGCUAGAAGGUUCAACAUGCCGUACGUGGAGUACACCCGGUCGGACGAGGACAAGACCGCAGCCACGCCACAGGAGAUUCGCAGGCAGCGCGCCGUGGCCAAGAAGUCCACCGCGCUCCCCCCCACCCCCGCACCCCCCACCCCCGUCGCGAGGGACAACGUCACCAGCCGCGUCGUCUUCUACACGCCCAAAAACGCCAUUAAGCCCCACAAGAUGGCGCCACACACCUGCGGGCCGAGAUGCCGGCGUACGGACGUGUUGGCCCUCAAAGACUUGCGGACUUACAACCCGCUUACGAAACCUUUACUCAGCGGUUGGGAAAGACAAACAGUGAGAUACCGCAUACCGGCGACCAAGGCGGUCAUGUACCGAGCCCCGUGCGGCCGCCGAAUAAGAAACUACGACGAACUACACCGAUACCUGCAAGCCAUAAACAGCGAUAUGGGCGUGGACUUAUUCGACUUCAACCCGACUACGCACUGUUUGGCGGAGUUCUUGCUGAAUAAGUGUCUUAUAAGCAAAAAGGAUCUCUCCCACGGGAAAGAGAACGUUCCAGUUCCGUGCGUGAACUACUAUGACUCGUCAUUACCAGAGUUCUGUUCAUACAACACAGAGCGCACGCCCACGGCCGGCGUGCCUCUCAACCUGGACCCCGAGUUCCUGUGUGGAUGCGACUGUACCGACGACUGUGCUGACAAGUCCAAAUGCGCGUGCUGGAAGAUGACACUAGAGGGCGCUCGCACCAUUGGUUUGGAUACGACCGAAGUUGGCUACGUAUACAAGCGGCUACCCGAGCCUCUGCCGUCUGGCAUCUAUGAAUGUAACAGCAGAUGUAAAUGUAAGCAGACUUGUUUGAACAGGGUGGCACAACAUCCUUUGCAGCUAAAAUUACAGGUGUUCAAAACUGCGAAUCGCGGAUGGGGUAUCCGCGCGCUGAACGACGUACCGAAAGGCGCGUUUCUAUGCGUGUACGCUGGUAACCUACUCACCGACGCUACUGCCAAUCUGGACGGUUUGAACGAGGGAGACGAAUACCUCGCCGAGUUGGACUACAUAGAGGUGGUCGAGCAGAUGAAGGAAGGGUUCGAGGAAGACAUACCAGAGGACGCCAAGAAAGCCGACGAGGAUGAGAAUGAGUCGUCAUCAAUGUCGUCAUCUUCCGAGGAGGAACCGGAAAAGCAAGAUGGCGACGACGACUUCCGGCCCGCCAUGCCGGCGAGGCAGUACACGCCGUCUGAAUACAGCAAGCGCCUCCGUAAGCGCGAAAAAUCCAAGAAAGUGAAGGAAGAAAGAGAGAAGAAACAGAAAGACAAGGACGGCAACGAAGACUGCAUCACCAUCAGCGACGACGAAGAACUGAGAGAACCGGCUCACUUCUCCGCGCAGGCCGGCAUGGGCGGGAAGGGGUUCAUCUCAAAAUACAAAUCUGUGCGCACACUAUUCGGCAAAGACGAGGCGUGCUAUAUCAUGGACGCCAAGGUUCAGGGCAACAUCGGCAGAUAUCUCAAUCACUCGUGCACUCCAAACGUGUUCGUGCAGAACGUGUUCGUGGACACGCACGACCCGCGCUUCCCCUGGGUGGCGUUCUUCGCGCUCUCGCAGAUACGGGCGGGCACGGAGCUCACGUGGAAUUAUAACUACGAUGUGGGUUCCGUGCCCGGGAAGGUGCUGUAUUGCUAUUGCAACGCGCCUAAUUGUAGGGGGCGAUUGCUUUAA